UAAACUGCCAGGAACCUUCCUCUCCUUCCUCGCGAAGCAAAGACUUUCGAGAGAUAGGAGAGUCGGCUAUAAAACCGCACAGCUGCGCCCACCGCGGCAAAAUAUCUCGCCGUCCGUCCCGAUGGACAUCGACCUCUUCGCCGACAUCGACCUCGACGCCCUCCUCGCCUCCUUCUCCGGCGAACCCGCCGCCGUCUCCGACCUCAUCGUCCCGUCCCCGCCUCCGCCGGCCCCGGCGGCGCACGAUGCGGCGGAAGCGGGGUCGCCGGAGUCGGUGACCUCCCGGGCGAACCCGGCCGGGGAGGUGGGUCUCUCGGAGAUCGAGAGGUUCCUGAUGCAGGAAGGGGAGGCGGAGGCGGAGUUGGGCGGGGAGGUCGAGGGGAUCAGCGUGGACCAGUUCUUCGACGCGCUGUACGACGGCGGGGAGGGGAAAGAUGAAGGGGAGGCAGAGGCGGGGGCAAGCACGGAUGCGGACUCCGGCAGGGACGAGGUGGUGGAAGUCGUGACGCCGGAGGCGGAGACGGUGGAGGUGGAUGGCGAUGAUCCCGUCAGCAAGAAGAAGAAGAGGCAAAUGAGGAACAGAGAUUCGGCAAUGAAAUCCAGGGAGAGGAAGAAGUCGUACAUAAAGGACUUGGAGACGAAGAGCAAGUAUUUGGAGGCAGAGUGCCGCCGCCUCAGCUACGCACUUCAGUGCUACGCAGCUGAGAACAUGGUACUGCGCCAGAGCUUGAUGAAGGAUAGGCCUGUUGGUGCUCCCACAGCCAUGCAGGAGUCUGCCGUACUCACGGAAACCCUGCCGCUGGUUUCCCUGCUGUGGCUGGUGAGCAUCGUCUGCCUCUUCCUGAUGCCCGUUCUGCCCAACCGAAGCCCAGCUGCUCCAAGCAGCGGCGGAAGAGAUCUCGUGAUGGCAGCCGGAAAGACAAGCAGUGAAACCCCAGAGAUACUGGAACUCAUCCUCCAUGGAAGGCGUUGCAAGAGCACGAGGGCGAGGAUUAAGCUAUAUAAUUUACCAUUUCAUCCAGUAAUUGCUUGCUAGUUGCUAGGCUUUCAGCCUCUUGCAAGCUUACCUGUAGUAGUGUACUUGCAAUUGCAAAUCGUAGCGUGCCCGCUAUGUGCCUGUCAUGCAGAGAAGCCUGUCGAUAUCCAUGGAGUGGGUAGUACCUUUUUUCUCUGUUCAUUUUUUGUUUGUUUAAUAGAUCCUGUGCUAUCCAGUAAUAGUUUAAAACCUGGAUUUUGUGUUAUUUUUCUAUUUCGCCACCUUGUUGCUGGUUGCUCCUGAUAUGAAGUUCCUUUGCUCGAAAAUCUUUGGAAGUACAAUAUAUGGUAUGAUCUGUUUAUACUAAAUAAAAUUGAGACAUGAGUAGAUCGUUGA